CACGGACACUUGGAGGCGCCCACAAGCUGUCCUGUGUCAACUGAUGGAGCGAUUCGGAGAAGAUGGACUUUGAAAAAGCCACACAAUUAGUCUGAUGAUUUUUUUCUAAGAUCCUUGUAUGUGUGAUCCUAAUCCACAUUUGCGGACUUGCAAUCUGAAGGUCUGUUUGAUUUUUAAAAAGGGGCCGGCACUUCUUGCAACAUGCAAUGGAUGGGCACAUGGCGGAGCAUUAAUAUCCAGCUGUGUCUUUUACAUUGAUGCUCUGAUUCAUUAAACCAUUAAGUUCAUCUCAGCUUUUUUAUUAGGGACAAUGGCAGCGGUAACGAGUCCAGAAACGACACCUCAGCCCCGGGUCUAUUUUCAAACACCUCCCAAUGCCGAAGAAGAAGUGCCACAGAAGCAAGGUCGCGUGACUGUCAAAUAUGACAGAAAGGAGUUAAGAAGGAGGCUAAAUUUGGAAGAGUGGAUUGUUAGCCAGUUAAUGAAUCUGUACGACUGCGAGGAAGAUGAAGUUCCUGAGCUGGAAAUAGAUGUGGAUGAGCUGUUGGAUUUGCCCAACGAUGUCGAGAGAGCCAUUCGCGUAAAGAUGCUGCUGGUCGACUGUUACAAGCCUAAUGAUGACUUUGUGGCAGCAUUGCUGGAAAAGGUUCGAGGCAUGCAGAAGCUCAACACUCCCCAGAAGAAAGGUGAGCUGACGCCAUGAGGCCACACCAGCUCCCCUCCCACCACCACAAAACGAACCUGUCACUCCAGAGGAGAGAUGCAGGCAUGCAGACCCAACCACUAUACCACAGUGUCUGUCUGUCAAAUGGAGCUUAUUGAUAGGAGUCCAGCCAAGCCAAUCUCAGCUGCAGGUUAACCACCCCAACUGUUUUACUUUGUCUUAGUACUGUCUCAGCAUAUAUUACAUGUAGAGAGUGUGAUAAUG